AUGGACAGGCGCUGCAUCUUGAGGAUCGAGUCGUUGCACGCAUCGUUUCGCAGAAGGGUGCAUGUCAGGGGGGCGCAGACCAAGGGUGAGGUGUUCGAGGAGCUCGCCGCCGACUGGAUCGUCCAGCAGAGCCGAUGUCGGUCAUCGUAUUCGCUCGACCUCCUGGACGUUGGCCAAGGCCCUCAAAGGGGCAGGGCGAUUGAAUAUCAGAGGGCCCCCAGCCGUUGGAAUCUAUAUCAGCGUGAUCGUGCCCACGGAGCGUUGUUGCAGAAUGACCCGUCGGCCAACAGCCUGGCGCACCGCGCCCUCGAUGACGCCGCCAAGACGGACCUCUCGACCCGCUGCUCUGCCGCGCAGGGCGUUGCGGGCCAGCCUCACGCCGUGCCGCGGUUCGGCGAGACCAGGCAGGACAUGGAGCGAGCGGCGAAGAGAGCCCUGGCACUUCGGCACAAAGCUGAGGUGUCGACAGCGCUGGCGUUGCAGGGGGACGACCUCCUGAGCACCGACAUUUGUGCCAGGUCAGUGGUUGCAAAGGUGUUGGCUGAUCCGACGAUGACUAGUCUACCCGACAUGGUCGCUGCCAUGCAACAUGACCUUCGCUCGUUAUCAUCACUUCGCAGAGAGCGGCGGGAUGCAGAUAUGCAGUGCCUGGCAAGAUGGUCGGAGACUCAGGGAGCAGAGAGGUUGACCGAGUUCCUUGCUCUUCGGCCUCAGCUCGAGCCCAUGCGGGACGCUCUCAUUGCCAUCCCCGACCGCCACGAUACUGUGAUCGCGUACAUCGGCAAUCCCAAGAGGUCCGCCCUGACCGCCAGCGUCAUCGCCCCACCAGCUACAGAUACGAUCAUGCAGGAUUGGGACAACCGUUGUCAGCCCAUCAUCCACAUCGAUUGCCCUGUUAUCGAGGAGCCGCCGCAACCUGCCGUUCGCAAGCCGACGUGCCGCGAAGCUGGCGUUUGCUUGUGUUCCGCCCGUGGCCGCCAAGUCUACUCUAUGCGGAACGCCUUCCUGCGCUCCAUGAAGCAGUCGAUCCACCCGCAGGGGCUCAAGGGCGACGCGGAUGACUGCAAGGAGCACGCUGGCGACCUAGACUUCUUGCGGGAGCUGCAGGACGUCAUCGGCGAAGACCUCUCGGAGCGUCGCGACGUGCGGUGGUGCUGUCUUGGCGCCCACCCUUGGGCGCCGCACAGGAGCGCGCACGCGUCCAUGACCGUCCGCGUGGACGCUGGCGGCGAGGGGCAGUUGUAUGAGGAUGAG